AUGUAUUGUUGUCUGCAGGCUUUCCCUGAAAAAUGGCCGUUGUCGUCUGUUUACACCGCGUCUACCGUAUUCAUAUCUCAUAUUUAUUGCGGUUCUGCUCUUCAACAAACUGAGGAGCUCGGUCGAGAGCCCACUUUAGCUGAGUUGCAUGUACGGUUGCACCUGACCAAGGCUGAUCGGACUGUCUUCGUUGACAAGAGAUCAAAGGAUAAAAACGACCGUUUCCAGGCAGAGCUUGCUGCAGCGACCCAGUCUCAGGCGGCUGGAGAAGGGAGUUCGUCGACUCCAGAGCCGAUCGACGAGAACGAGCUGUUUUUGUCUCUCGAGGCAAUCAAGAAGCAACGAGUCUACGGUAUUGGUUCGGCUUCAGCAUCCUACAUCGGCCAGAGCAGCCGAUUGCGCCCGGCGGAUCAUCCCAGUCACAGCAGCAGGCGGUCGUUAGUGAGGAGAUCGAGCAGCGCAUUGCUAGAGAGGUUGAGGAGCGACUCGAGCAGCGGAUGCGUACUGUGGAGGCGGGUUUCGACGAGCGGAUCCGUACUGAGCUUGCGCGACUGAUGACUACACUCCCACCGGAGUUACGACCGCAGUUUCCCCCACCUCCACCUCCACCGGCUGACGACACUACUAGUUUGGGGUAGUAUAGUAUUUAG